AUGGCGACAUUGACUCGAAUUCAAAAUUUAAUUUCUUCCCGACGCAACUCGCCAGCUCCUUCUCCUGCCUUACUGGACUCGCGUGUUCCUUCCCCAUUCCCUUCUUUAUCCGAUCGACAUGAGCAAACAGGGGAGACUAUCAUUACAGAACAUCCGGCAGGCCCGGUCCAUUCAAAUAAUGUCGCACCUCCGACUUUGACGGUUGAAUUAGCCGAGCAAACCGUAGAGACCGAAUCUCGAGGUCAACAAGAAAUUCUGCCAAGUUUACUCUCGGUUGAGCAGUCCUGCCUCAUGGCGCUCAACAAUCUAUUUGCCGGAAUCCUCCCCGAUGAAAACUGGAGACCAAUUGUUCCAUCUCGCAGACAUUCACUUCCGUCCCUUGUCGCUUCCAAUUCGCAAGCGGUAUCAUUAUCAGACUCUACUCCACUAUUCACUCUAGUAUCCAACCUCAGGCUCCAAAAUGUAGGCGAGGUUAUGAUUCAAGCAUCCGAUAAACACGAUGCCCUACUAUGCGAGCUCGGGCAACAUGUCGAGCGUUGCUCAGAGCUUAUGGGCACCAAAGACGCUCGAUUGGCGCGGCUGCUGGUCACCCUUCUGCAAUUUUCUAGUAAACUCGCAACAUUAACUCCGCUCUCCACCUCUCUUUCUCCGCCCGGUGGCUUGACCUCUUCUGUUUCCCCGAAUUUAUCUGAAGACGAGGUUUACACCACACUCAGCCAACAGGCCUCCAACAUUCAGCUCCGCCUUCAAGACUCGAAGCCGAGUGGGCCCACUCAAGGAUCUGUCGUUGCCAGGGAGCAAGCUAUGCUCUGGGCCCAAGUUAACCACGUGUUGGGAGAUAUUCAAAAUUUGUGCCACGAGCGCGCCGUCCCUACCCCAUUUCUUUCGCCUUAUCACUCGGCAGGGUACGAUAGAACACUACCUCCGGAGUACGAUCACGAUGACUAUAGCGCAAACCCACCAGUAUACGAAACACCAUCCGAGCCAUUUGUCGAUUUCCCCUCGGAAAAGGAGAAAGAGAGCCUGGAGGAACAAUCCGUUCACCGAGGGGCAUCUUCUCAUCGAGAAUCCAUCGUAGCAUCUGAAAAAAUGAAGCUAGACUUGGAUUCCGUUAUGAUGGCGAUUGACCGACUGUAUAUGGUUGCCCCGCAGCUGAGUAACCAACGCGUGGAGUUGAAAACUAGGAAGCUGGAACAGAUGGAAUUCGCACGCGUUGCUGGAGCAAUCGAGAAGCUUGUGGAUAGUGGCCGCCUCGAUGACCAACGUGCUACUUAUCGACCGACUUCUGCCCUCCGCAAGGGCAAGCAACGCCUCGAGGACAAACAAGAUCUCGAUCAACUCAUGUCGAUGAUUGGUCAAGCGGCUUCUCGAACUCUGGAUUCCCAAACAGUUUUCGUGGAUGACAUGCAAGCCCGUAUGGAUCGUGCCAGGCGCAGAGAUGAUGCAAAACGGAAUGAAUUUGUUACACAGCUCGCUCAGCACUCAUCCCAUGGACGGCUGCAUGGUCAGGAUGCGGUUUUCUCGUCUUCGGUUAAAGGGCGAAAGCACGCUCCAAACUCUAGUUUGGAUGUUGUCGAUGGUUUGCUCGGCCCCCAAAAUUCUGAUGUUACCGAUCCCAAUACAAUGAUGACUCUACCCGAGUUUGUAAAGUCCCAUCCCGGACCGCUUCCCAAACCUCCUUCUCCUACCCUCAUGUCAAAUGUUGGGAGCCCUCGGUUACUCAAAAAACCGAGUAAAAUUGGCCUACAAGGCAGAGGAAGGAGUAACUCGGCUCCUCCGUUAGCAUGGCUCACUGGAAAGACAUCAGCCUCGCGCUCCCCCUUGGCUCAGGCACAGCCUUCGAAUGUGGCGCAAAUGAAUGUCACAUACGUGGCUGAGUACCGGGAAAGCCUCGGUAUGAUCGCAGUACAACUUCGAGUGGGUGGAUUAGCACGGACUUCUCGCUUGGAGGCUGAGGUGACAUCAACCCUUGGUCAAUCCAGCCUCAUCUUGCGUUGUGGAACAACAACACUACCUUCACUUGAUCUACCUUCUCAAGUCCCUGCAGGAAAGGUAGAUCUGUUUGCAGCUUCCAUGGGGAAGCCACUUGGAGCCACGGAGUACUUGGAUCUGAAACUCCCAACAGUGGCGGGUGUGGAUGGAAGAGAGCUCGAGCACGAUAUCCCAGCAUUGUUGGACGCCGAACAAUUCCGGAAAAGCCAGACUACCUCAUUUGUUUGUAUCUCGUGUUCUUUACCGAUCGUUCAUGGAGUAGCAUCCGGGAAUGUACGAUACGACGACCUUCCAUCUGAACAUUGGGUCGAGCUCCUGGACGCCUGGAUGUGUCAUCCUGAUCAGCAAGUUACCGCCGAGCUUGCUAAGCGAGCAGAGGGAAUUUGGCCGAUGCCAGGUCAAAUACUUGUUGGAGGGGGUUUCUUGUUAUUUGACUCGACGAUGGUUAACACUGCAUGGCUUGCAUUGGUUGCAUGCGGAGCCAGCUCCGAAGCUCUUAUGAGUUUUGGACUGGCACCCACACCGAAGCUUCGUGCUGGGGAGCCGUUAGGCUUAUGCCUAUCGCGACUGAUACAAUCUGUCCUAUAUCAAUUCUUCACCCCCGUUAAACAACCCAUUCAUGCGGAGCCAUCAGCGCUAUGGGCUACCAAUGGGGGCACAAUAUUGACGACUGAUACUCUUCUUAAGCGCUUUGGGAAUACUUCCAUUGGACAUCGUCAUGAGCGUCCCGAAGGAAUCACUUACCGGUUCAAGAAGUACACGACACGACCGAUUGCGGCUAAUUUCAGGUUCCCGCGCGUUCCUUUCACUGCAUUUGUUGCUGCCGAUAUGGUUGAUUUGGCGCAGGCGCAUGCCUCAUAUAGAUUUGUCAUACAAGAUGAAGAGACCGAGACUCCUCGUAUCUUGAUAUGGCUUUUCAAAUCUGCCAUCCAGCUGUCCUAUGCGGGUGCCACUGGUUCGCUUAUCCCGCCUAGCGGUACCAUUACGGCUGCAAAGGUGACCUUUGUCAUAUUUGGUCCAGGGGGUACCGCAAAAAACAACGUUCGCGCGUUCCUCGGAAUCACUCACAAACCGACCGUGUUCGCUCAUGAAGUUCACUGGAACGCUACCCCACAUUCAAGAAUGCUGAGGUACUUUCGUAUCCAAUGGAUCUAUGCCGGCGACUUGCGGGGUCGCUCAAGGAGAGCAAUGCCGCAUACCCUGAGUCUAGGCGAUCACUAG